AUGGAAUGCAACUCUGUGGUGCUUUCGGCCUCCUUAUUGACUCGAAAUGGCAAAGUGCUUGUAGCACGUCAGUUUGUGGAAAUCACCCGGAUCCGUCUAGAAGGUUUGCUGGCAGCGUUUCCAAAGCUCUUGUCGAGUGGCUCACGUGAGCACACGUUCAUUGAUACGGAGAGUGUCCGCUAUGUGUAUCAACCUCUCGAGAGCUUCUUCGUGCUCAUUAUUACCAACAAGACGAGCAACAUUGUGGAAGAUCUGCAUACGAUUCAGUUGCUGGCUAAGCUCGUACCGGACAUUUGUGCACCACUGAGCGAUACUUCGAUUCGUGACAAACAGUUUGAGCUGAUUUUUGGCUUUGAUGAACUCAUUACGGCUGGUGGCCACUCGGAAAACAUCAAUGUGCAGCAAAUUCGCAUCAAUAUGGAAAUGGAGAGUCAUGAGGAGAAGUUGCACAAUAUGAUUCUUGAAAGCAAGCGCGCAGCAGCUAAGGACGACAUGAAGCGCCACACGGCGCGGAUCAAGGAGGAACAACGUGAACGAGCAAGAAUGGAGCGCGCAGGCUUGGGUGGCAGUGGAUUUGGAUCCAAAAGCUCAUUUGGCAGUUCUUUUAGCAACGCGUUUAAAUCACCACGUAGCGGUGGCAGCAGUGACAACUUUAUGAACAGCCCUUCAUCAGUUGCGACGUCACCAACUUCAUAUAACAGCCGCCCGGAGCCUAUAAUGUCAAAAGCUGGGGGUAUGAAGCUGGGAAGUUCUGGUAGUAGCAAGGGCAUGGGUUUGGGUAGCGGCGGCAAGUCGUUUAUGGAUGCCAUGGCAGCUGAAGAUGGAUUGAAGGAGAUUCCGCCGAUGAGUGCAGCUGUUGAGAUCGUGCAGAAACCUGAGGUGGCUGUUGCGGUCAGCCACGACCCGAUUGGUGUUGUGGUCGAAGAAAAGAUGACAGUGGUGCUGACCCGCGAUGGUGCACCUGAGCAGCUAGAAGUUAAGGGAAGUAUGUGCGUGUCGGUGAACGACCCAAGCGCUGGCUGCUGCCGCCUUAAGUUACGAACAGGUGGCGUGGAGGGCAUUUCUUUCCAGACGCACCCUAAGGUGGACAAAAAGCUUUAUGACAGUGAAUCAGUUCUAGCUUUGCGGGAUUCGUCGAAGCCGUUCCCUACUUCCCGCGUGGCAUUCCUGCGAUGGAGCUUGAAGACACAAGACGAGUCAAUGGUACCUUUAAACAUUACAUGCUGGCCCGAGGAGGAAGGCAACGGCAAAAUUAAUGUGAGUGUCGAGUACUCAUUGGACCGUGACAUGGUGCUGGAUAAUGUGAACAUUGUAAUUCCACUCGGAGGCUCCGACGCGCCGAGUGUCGCCAAUGUCGAUGGACAGUAUCAGCACAACUCGGCUGAAGGGUCGCUCCUUUGGCAUCAGGAUCAAAUUACACCUGCUAACAACUCGGGCACGCUGGAGUUCUCGAUUGGUGGCAACAACAUUGAUGCGUUCUUCCCUAUUUCCGUCUCGUUCUUUUCGCGCAGCGUGUAUAGCGAUGUGCAGGUGGAGACCGUUGAAAAGAUUGAAGAUGGCUCGCCGAUUGUGUUUGGGUUCGAGAAGCUGCUCUCUACGGACUCGUACGAAAUUGUUUAG